AUGCUUUCGCAUAUCACCACCUCCCAGGUAAGCACCAAAGAUGUGUCUACCACAAUCAGUGCAUUUGCAGAUGCCGAGGAGGUGUUUGGGUACAUUCAACAGCUCCACAGUGCUGGAUUCAAGCCCAAUGCCGCGCACUUUGCAAGUGCAAUCCGUUCCUGCGCAAAGGUACGCAGCUGGCAAAGAGCACUGGCAUUGUUCAACCUCAUGGCAGAAUGGAGAGUGGAAAGGGACGUUGUGGUCCACAAUGCCGCUCUAACCGCCUGCCGCGGCGGCAGUCGCUGGGAAUUGGCGCUGGCACUGCUCCCUCCCGGAAGGACAACCGUGUCUUACAAUUCAGCCAUCAGCGCCAUGGGUGCCAGCGCCCAAUGGCACUUGGCCCUUGCACUUCUUGCAGAGGUGUCCCUGCAGAGGCUGCAGACAAGCAGCAUAACCUACAGCAGCAGCAUCGGCGCUUGCGAGGCCGCAAGCGCUUGGCAGUCUGCCCUGGAAGUGUUUGCCGCAACGCCCCAAAGUUUUCUGGGCGAUGCUGUGCCGCGCGCGUUGCUUGCUGCCAAAGUUGCCUCGUGGGCCACAGCCGUCGACGUGGUGAACAAAGCCAAGGCUGGCGGAGUUCAAACCGAUGCUUCUUUCUGGAAUGCGGCAGCAGCAGCCUGCAAGGCCUCUUGGCAAACCAGCUUGGCCAUCUGCCCUUCAAACAAGGAGGCUGCACGCAGCUUCAACGAAGGUUAUUGUUGGCAAGCUUCAAUGGCAAUUCUCGAUCUGCUUCCUGGCAAGGGCAUGGCCAGCCCAGAUGCAGCAGCACGUGCUGAAUGCUGGGCAGCAGCCCUAGGCAUCCUUUGGCACACAGGCGCAGAGCCCAGCAUGUCUGACUUAAACUCAGUAGCUGUGGCACUUGAGAAGCAGGGCAUGGAGGAGGCAGUUCAAGACUUGCUGCUUCGUGGCUUCCAGAACCGGCUGCGGCGAAGGCCCUAUGCACCAAGAAGCUUCGUGGCUAAGGCCCAAGAACGCCUCGGAAGAAGAGCUUCUGUUCGACAGCUCCUGCGUUCCGCAGCACGCGAGCCAAAGCGGACAGUGCGCUUGAAUCUGGGAAGAGCAGACGAGGGUCUCUUGCAGCAACUUCAUGCAGACGGUUGGGCACCGCAGCCAUUGCCCUGGUGUGCAGAUGCCUUUGUGGUGCAUGGUGAAUCGUUGGGUCACCACCAGGCGCACCUUUCGGGUCAGCUCUAUUUCCAGGAGCCAACAUCAAUGAUUCCACCGCUUGCUUUGCAAGAGGCUUUGGAUGCCAAGAAGCCAGGUCAAUAUGUACGAGUCUUGGAUCUUUGUGCGGCUCCAGGCAGCAAGGCAAGUCAGCUGGCUAUUUGGUUGCACAACAGGCCUGGUGGAGGCCUGCUGGUGGCCAACGAGCCAAGUGAGGAGCGAGCAGAGAAGCUUCGGACAAAUCUGUUGCGCUCAGGAGUGGUAAAUGUGCUAGUGACUGUCAUGGAUGGCCGCGAAAUGGACGCCUUGGUUCCUGAAAGCUUCGAUGCGAUUCUCCUAGACGCCCCAUGUUCUUGUGAGGGCAACAUACGAAAGGAGCCCAUUGCUUUGCUUCGUGGAGCUGCUUCAUCUGGGCCAAAGAAUCCACUGGUUCUCAAGCAGCAGGAACUACUCCACAGCGCUUGGCAUGCAUUGAGUCCAGGAGGAUGCCUCGUUUAUUCGACUUGUACCUUUGAUGAAUGGCAAAAUGAGAUUCAAUGCAGAAGGUUCCUGGAGGCUUUGGAUGACGUAGAAGUCCUGCAGACAGCUGCACUCGAGGGCAGUAUGCUUCGGGUUUGGCCACACCACUGGGACACGGAAGGCUUCUUUGUCUCCGCUUUCCAGAAGUGUGAGAAAGACAUGCAGGAAGACGUCCAGGAGACUUCGGAGCCCGAAGCGCCUCGUGGAUUUUGUCAGCUCAGUCAGGAACAGCGCUGGGAGGUCCAAAGGCUCGUGAAAGAGUUUGGAAUCUCGCCUAAGACCAUGGUCUCUGGGCCACAAAGUGAGGUUUGGAUGCUGCCCGAACUUGGGAAACUGGAAAAGCUACGGCAGCGCGCAAGGGAGCCUGGCUUGCUGCUGACACGCCAAGAUGAGGCUUCCGCAGAACUGCGACUUGUGGCUGGAGCACCUCUGAAAAACAGCGCUCGUGGCUGGGCGUCCUUGCUGGCUGAUGUGGAGGGCAGCCUCUCAAUGUUGAACAUGUACCUCGACCUUUGUGCCAGUGAAGGGGACUUGCAAGCUGCACAGCGUGUGUACCAGGACAUGCUCAGGCGAGGCUUGAAGCCAGAUCGCAUGACUCGCAGAAGCUUGGCAAAGGCGAGAAGAAGGGAACGCAAUCCAGAGACCCGAAAAAGU